AUGGACUCGCCUGCCAGAAUUGCAGGCAGAGAAAGCGAAAGCUCUGUUCAAAGUCUGGAAAAGGAAAUUGCAAGCCUGGAAGCUCGGCUAUCACGGCUACAGACAACCGCCGCAGAGCCUCUCCAACCUGCUACCUUUCAGCCGCAAAACAAUCCAACUCACAUGCCCUCUGAAACUCCCAUCUCUUCAAUGGCUUCUAGAGAGCAGUCUCUGGACAGCGUGGAUUUGGAUGUUCUCAAAGAAGUCGAGACUGUAUCACUUUAUCGUGGUGAACUCUAUUGCCUGCACAAAAUGGCACGCAGAGCUAUCCGCCUAGAGAAUUGCGAUCCUCGAGGAAUGCUAAAUCUCACCCAAAAGAAGAGUUUAUUGGCAUCAUAUUCUCAGCCGCAUAGCUCCAGUGCACCUUUGGACUAUGAUCUAGCCAUCUCUUAUGCGAACAAAUACUUUGCUUACAUUCACCCUACCUUUCCUAUCGUUUCCGAAGAUGCAAUCCGAAAUACACUCCGAAAAAUGGCAGCUGGCACCCAAAAUGAUCUUCGGGAACGCACCAUAUCUUAUCUCGUUAUUUCUAUCGGUGCAAUCCUUCCUAUUGAAUCGUUUGCCGCUUAUGACAUUUACCAUUCAGCCGACUAUUUCCUACGAUCGCUAGACAUUCUGUUUUCUUAUGACGAAUCGGCUACCACAGUGCAGAUCCUCCUCCUGUUCACUAUCUGUUCGCUUUUCGAUCCCAGCACGGGCAGCUCAUGGCAUCUGAUAGAUCUUGCCACCCAAGCUUGCAUAGACAUGGGUUAUCACCAGCUCCAACCAGAGGCAGAAACCGCGAGAAACUCGCCAGUAAAAGGAUCAACACUGUUUCAGGCGGCUUAUGUACUUGAUUUCUCAGCAUUAGGGCUGCCUAUGGGUAUACAAAAUCGCGACAUGUCUUUCGACUGGGAUGCACAUAUAGUUCAACCGACAUCCAUAUGCGCAUCUGGAUCGAGAAUCCCAAAAAUGAUGCCGCGGGCUACCUAUCCUGCUAUGAAGAGCGCAUACUACAACCUAGAUUGA